AAUAAGAGCGUGAAUAACGUGGUUGCAUUUGGGUGUGGCAAUGGGUAGCGAAGAAGAGAGGGUUCUUGAGAACCAACUCGAACUUCAAUUGCAAGAGCAAAGGGAUUCUCUCUCUGCUAUCGAUCAAGCUCUCCUCUCUGAUCCAACCAACCCUGAGCUUCUCGCGGUUCAUGAGGAGCUUGUCCAGGCAAUUAAGGAUGCAGAAGAAGGACUUUUUCACCUAAAACGUGCUCGAUUGUUACAGGAAGCGGAUGCAGUUCUGCAUAACACUAAUAUUUUUGCUGAAGAGGAGAAAGUGGAACUCCUUGAUCCCAGAGAUGUUGAACCAGAACCUUUGGAGGGAAAAAGUCAUUCUGUUGGAUCUAAAUGUAGAUUCCGUCACAUAGAUGGGCGCUGGUACAAUGGUCAAGUGGUGCAGUUGGAUAAUUCAGUGGCAAAAGUUUCAUUCCUUACACCUACGUCUGAGAAUAUGCUGAUGUGCAAGUUCUUUUUACAACAACGAUGUCGAUUUGGUAGUAACUGUCGCCUAUCACAUGGAGUUGAUGUUCACUUGUCCGCUCUUAAGAAAUUUGUCCCUACAAUCUGGAAGCAAUCCCUUGUCGGGUCAAGCAUAUGGGCAGUCUCAACUGCAAAUUCAGGCACUUGGAGAGAAGCCGAACUCGAAUCCUGGGAUGAAAAGGCUGGAGUUGGACAAGUUGUUUUCCGGGAUGAUGGGAGUACUGUGAAACUUGGUGCAGAACAAAUGACAUUGUCUGAGCAUGCAGAAGUGAGUGACUCAGAGAGUGAUUCCAGCAUACAGCAAUCUGGGUCCAGUGACUAUGAGGAGGAUGAGGAAUCACAAGGUUUAGGAUUUCUGGAGAGUACCAACCUACAGAGAGGAGUUCAAACUGAAACUGCAACAUUUGCCACUUGGGAAAACCACACCAGAGGCAUAGCUUCCAAAAUGAUGGCUAAUAUGGGGUACAGAGAAGGAAUGGGUUUGGGUGUAACGGGUCAGGGAAUGCUGGACCCUAUACCAGUGAAGAUGCUACCACCAAAGCAAUCCUUGGAUCAUGCUCUUGAGUCUCAUAGAAGGGAAGAGAAUGAAGACAAGGAAUUGAAGAAGAAACGGAGCCGAGGUGGCAAGAGAAAACGUGAGAAGAAAUUUGCAGAAGCAAAUCGUGCAGCAAAAGAGGAAGAGGAGUCAACAUCAGAUGUCUUUGCAUUGAUAAACAAUCAGCUGGCAAUGCACAGUGAGGCUUUUGGUGGUGGAUCAACGAAGAAGCAACAAAGUAAAGGUUCCGAGGAAGGUAAAAAGGUAGAUAGACGAGCACUGGUUGCUUAUGAGGAAGAGGUGAAGGAUUUGAAGAUGAAGGUUGAAAAGCUUGAGCAAAUUGUGAAUGUCAAUAAGAAAGAGAAGGCUGUGUAUGAGGCUGCGAUGAGAAAACUAAAUGAAACCCGCAAAGCCUUGGCUGAUGCCGAAGCAGUUCAUGCCUCUGCCUCAAAUGCAGUUGUUAGCAAAGAAAAAGAGAAAAGAUGGCUCAAGUUUUAGUUAGGGGUCAAUAGUCAGCUGUGUUUAUGUUGAUUACCUAAAAGUGAAGAGAAAAAGGAAAGGAGGAUCAAAAUGUGUUAUCACAACCAACAUAUUAGUACAUUGCAGUUUCAUAUGCAACCUUGUACAUUGUUGUGCGAUUAUUCAAUUGCAUGAUGUGUGCAUGCAUUUCUCA